UAUAGUUUUUGUCAUUUGUCAAACAAAACAUAUUAAAGUUUAUUACAAUUUUUACCAUAAUCCUCUCUAAUUAAUUUUUUAUUUCGUGCUUUGUAUGUGCAUUUAUGUCACAUUUUUUUUUCAAGUCAUAACCUUAUAUGACCUGUCAAGUAAACUCUUACUAAAUAAGCUGAUUAUGUUGUGAUUGAUAGGCGUUUCAAAUUCGUUCAUGAUAACUACAGGAAGUUUGAUGGCAAAACAUUAAUGUAAUUUGUAAUGGUAGUAAAAUGUACAUAAACAGUUGUUAUUUCACUUAAAAACCGUAAGAUGUUCAAUUCAGGGAUUAAAGGAAAUCAAAGGUGUAACGGGUUAGUUCCACCAUCAUCCAUAGUUAAAUCUAGAACUGUAGGACAAACAAAUUAUUCUAAGACAGUAAAAUCAUUAGGGACUAAGGACACAUACAAUAAUGCUGAUAGAAAAUUGGAACCGACGUUUAUUAAGAACUCAAUUGGUUAUACGAAUUCACCCAUUCAUUGUAACAGUGAUCUGGAUAGCAAGGUGAAAAUUGAAUUUGAUGAGGAAGAUAUCGAAACAAAAAUUAUUAGUCCCAGUAUUAUAGGUUUAAGUGAAGAAAAUGUAAAAACGCACAAAUCUCCAGCUGUGAGGCCUCGUUUAAAGUGGGGAACUAUCAGGGCGACCCACCAUGAAACCCUGCAACGGAUAGAUAACAUAGACGACUUUUAUAACCAUUAUCAACACUACUGGUUUAGUGCCAGUCUUGAAAGGUUCAAACUGGAAGACAGAUCAAGGGAGGAACGAAUAGAGAUCACCAGACAUGAGUUCACGAGGCAUUUACAACAAAUCAUGCGAAGUAACGUGGGUAAACGUAACAAGUUACCAGAAGCAUCGUCGCAAAGUAGUGACGCUUUAAAAGCUAGUAGUAAAAAUGUGCAUCAGGCCGGUUAUGAUAGACUGGUUGCUCCGAUCGUGUGUCAAGUGGAAAACUGUCUCCUACCAGCACUGCCUUGCACCAGGCAUUGUACGUUACAUAUUAUGUUAAAUACAGACCAAGUGUUGUUUGGUUAUUGUACAGCCAAAUUUGCUGAUAACACUCAAUGUUCAGUACCUGUUUUUGAUAUAACACACGAAUUACCCCUAUGUCCUGAACAUGCCCGAAAAAGGGAUAACUAUAAAUUAUACCAAGAAGCUAAACCAAAGAAGUUACGGAAGAAAGUAAAACCUUCUGCUAUGAUUAGGCCGCAAAAACGCAAUAAAAAGAAAAGGAAAACGAUCAAAACACCAGAAACAACGACACCAAGUGCAAUAAUAAAUAUCCCUGUUACAUCUGAAGUUGGUGAAAUUGUGCACGAAGAUUCUCCUGAAUUGGAAGAAGAUAUGCAUAUGGUUGAUCAAGUACUGGGGCUAAAUGAAUCUGAUGCUUUAGAACAAGUAUUAGAAACGCAAGCGUCUCAUUUAUUAGAAGAAACUGAUAUCAGUACGGUACUUAGUACGAUACAAGUGGACGAAUUUAGUGACUUCUUUACAGUUAACCGAAACGGCGAAUACGAACCGUCAAGGGAGGAAGCUGAGGAAUUAGAAAAAGCGUUAGCUGCGGUCGAUAACGACGUGAAAUCUCUAGAAAAAUUAAGCCAGUCCCAGGGUUUACUAGACUCUUUAUUAGACGAACAUACAUUGGCGGAAUCGUUAGUUCAGAUUCCGGAUGUGUUUCACAAUGGUUAUACUCCAUGUGGUGAUAGUAUGGUAGCACAAACGUCGUCCUUUCUCUUGCCUGUUGAACCACAAUCUCAUUCUUAAUAGAUAAUUUGAGUAUGAAGAAUUUUCACCUUGACAGUACAAUCUACAGUAAUAUAAUUAAGUAUAAUAACUGGUAUAAGUCCGUAUUUUGUACAUAGUAGCUCGUAGGAACGCUCAUGGCAGAAAAUGACCAGUGAUUCCCCACAUUUCGAUAUCGUUAUCAUUCUCGCUUUUUUGUUUGAUUGGAAAUGAAACGCUUAAUAUGUACCUUACGACCCUAUUGAUUCUACCAAAACUGUAAAGAAGUGUGAACAAUCAAAUUUAUUUAUAUUAACCAUUGAUUUUGAUCUAUAGUUGAAGACUGAAUAGUAUUUUUAGCUCGUUAGUUUAACAAACGCAAACAUUCUAAAUUGUUCAUGAAAACAACUGUUUGUAAAACAUCACUUAUAAUUAAUUAAGCUUCGUUUCUAGUUUAUCGCAUUGUUGAUAUUGUGAAUAUACCAGUUAUUACUUGUGCAAUUACAGGCUCUUUUUUAAUAAUACACACGAUCGAAAAUAUCUAGGAGUGAUGUACGUUUAAAUUGGAUUUUUCCUAAUAAUAAUUGUAUAGUAGUGUAUGUAAUUCCAUUAUUUUCAAUGGUACACAUAUACUGAUUUGUUUAUAUUCAGUUAAACCGUUAUUUAUUUUUUAUUUAUUUCCAAACAGUCCUUCAUUCUACAUUUGGUACUAUUUAUAUUAUUUUUAUACAUUAUUUGUAUUUUUGUUAACGUUAACGUUAACUAGAAAGUGCGAUGUAGUCAUUCUCGAUAGGUUUGAUUUUUAUUUGAAAAAUUCCUGUAUUAGUUUUAAUUCUAUUGUGAUUGGAAGAAAAUGUAAAAUAGUAUUUUGUGAAACUUAAAAACGUGUUGCUCUAUCAUUUACUUCAAUGUUUUCAUUGGAACUGUAAUUAUGGAUUUUGUACAAUAAUUUUAGAUAGUAUUUUGUAGACAAUGUUGUGAAUAAAAAUUGAUCUUGUAAAAAGUGAAUUUGGAAUUAUAUUUUAUAUCGCAAAUCUUCCACGUCAGACACACCGCAAUAAAAUAAAUUUAAAUGAACAAAAUGCUUUAAGAAGU